AGCAGUAGGACUGUCAGUGGUCUCAGGAGGAGCAGUAGGACUGUCGGUGGUCUCAGGAGGAGAAGCAGUAGGACUGUCGGUGGUCUCAGGAGGAGGAGCAGUAAGACUGUUGGUGGCAGGGAGGAGAAGGAAGUAGAUGUAGGUGAUGACAGACUGCAGGCUGAACUACAUCCAACUACUUCAACAGGAAGUUGACAAGGAUCCUGACAGGCUGCUGGAUGUGGGGAAGGAGGAGGACCAGGAGGAGGCUCCUCCUCCCUGCAGGCCCCUCCCACAACUCUGCUCCAUCCCCAGGAGACUGGUCAUCUCCCCGGGCCUCGGAGGGUCGCCGGUCACCCCGCAGCUGACAGAGAGUCUGAGAAGGAUCCUGUUUGGGGGAACGUUUCACGUCUUCAACUACGAGUGGAGGAAAUCUGUCUUCCAGUUCAGAGAGCCAAACUCUGAGCUGUCCUACGCUCUGGAGACAGACAGGGGCGGGGCUCGGGCCAUACAGAUGGUCGUCCAGGCUCGAAUCAUCAAACACCUGCUGUUCAUCCGGCAGAGCGGCUCAGACAGACAGACGCUGCACAGACGAGGUCAGACUGAUUCUUCAUCACGUGAUCCUGUUGGACACGUCCAGAGUGAAGACAAUACGUCCGACAGUCUGUGUGUAGGACAGAAGGACCAGGACAGGGCGCUGGCGGCGGCGUUGUCCGACAGCCUCUGGUUGGCCGGCCAGGAGGUCAGUGCCACCGUUACGUUGGUGACCGAAGACUACUGCAUCACACCUCACCUGGACUACAAACAGGACAACUUCACAGAGAAGCUGCAGCUGUUCACGUUCAACAAGAAGGACGACAUGAAAAUGUUCAUCCUGGAUCAUCUGCAGUGUUUUAAAGAGGAAGGAAGUCAUGGAGUCAUCCUCUUCCUGUACAGCCUCAUCUGCUCCCGCACAGUCGACAGACUGAAGAAGGACCUGGACUCCGCCCCCUCACACCUGCUGCAUCUUAGUCUGGGAAACUUUGUCUGCCAUCAGGCUCUGCUGAACCUGUUGCUGACAGGUAAGGCCAGUCCCCACGUCUUUAAUGGGACUCUAUACUUCGGGGAGGACGGACGUCCUCUGGAGCAUCCUCUGCAGGGCGUCCUGUCCCGCAGUGAUGUGGGAUAUUUACACUGGAGCCGAGAGCAGAUGGAGACGGGCAGACUACUGCAGGUGGGCAGCAUGCUUAAGACACCCCGGUACCCGGUGUGGCUUUGCUGUAUCAACAGCAGCUUCUCGGUGGUCUUCAGUCUGGACCGCUCGCUGCUCUCUGAUUGGAGGACGGAGCACCUGUUCCACCUGUUCUACUACAACGGACAGACAUCCCAGAGGACCAUGGCCAGACUGACUGUAGGUGAGGAUCUGGGUCUGACUGAGACAGGGUGUCCACCUGUUCUGGUCUCACGUCUGAUCCAGACUCUGUGUGCAGAUACUCACUCUCACCACUGGGAGGCGUCCUGCAGACCCUCAGACCUGGACCCUGAGAGGAGGUUCCCCUCGCUGGAGAUGACCCUCAGGACCAAGUGGGAUGGAGCCGUCAUCGACUGGGGUGGGACCACACCGUUCUACUGACCACCUGACCUGACAGGAAGCUCUGCCCAUCAACAUACAGACCUGCAGAGCUACAGCUGGACCUGAUCCAGUCUGGGUCCAUCAGAACCAGGUGGAUCUGAUCCAAUCUGGGUCCUUUAGAACCAGCUGGACCUGAUCCAAUCUGGGCCCUUUAGAACCAGCUGGAUCUGAUCCAGUCUACGACUCUCAGAACCAGCUGAACCUGAUCCAGUCUGGGUCCAUCAGAACCAGUUGGUUCUGAUACAGUCUGGGUCCCUUAGAUCCAGCAAGACCUGAUUCAGUCUGGGUCCCUAGGAACCAGGUGGAUCUUCCCCAGUCUGGGUCUAUCAGAACUAAAUGGGCCUGGUCCAGUCUGGGUCCACCAGAACCAGGUGGACCUGAUCCAGUCUGGGUCCAUCACAACCAGCGAGACCUGAUCGAGUGUGGGUUUCUUAGAUCCAGCUGGACCUGAUUAGCUAAUUAAACAGUCGUCACCUGA